CUCAUCUCACCACAGUCAGUCAGUCUGCCGUAGAGUUUAUAUCACACAGCCUCAGCAUAUCAUCGGUGUUUCCUUGAGCUGCAUUCGCCACCAUCUGCACACAACCAUGUCUGUUCAGGAGCAGUGUACCUGGAAAAUGCAGUCUUGGUAAAGCCCAUUCAAGGUAAAUCACUUCGCCUGCUCGUUCAACAUUGAGGGGGAAAAAGGAACUCACAUUUGGCAGAUGGCAGAGCUUCCUUCUAAUCAAGUUCUCUCUGUCCAAAAGAUGUCAACCGCCACCGUCGACAGUGCAGGAGGAGAAACCAAAACCUCUAAAGCAUCACAGGAUCAUAAAAAGCCCACAUCAGCCAUCCUGAAAGGAGCCAUCCAGCUGGGCAUCAGUUACACUGUGGGAAACCUCAGCUCCAAACCGGACAGAGAUGUUCUCAUGCAGGACUUCUCUGUAGUGGAGAGCGUCUUCAUGCCCAGUGAGGGCAGCAACCUUACUCCAGCUCAUCACUUCCCAGAUUUCCGGCUGAAAACAUACGCCCCGCUGGCCUUUCGCUACUUCAGAGAGCUGUUUGGCAUCAAACCAGAUGACUAUCUGUACUCCAUCUGUAAUGAGCCUCUGAUCGAGCUAUCCAACCCUGGCGCCAGCAGUUCCUGGUUCUACCUCACCAGUGAUGAUGAGUUCAUCAUUAAGACAGUGCAGCAUAAAGAGGCUGAGUUCCUGCAGAAGCUGCUGCCUGGUUACUACAUGAAUCUGAAUCAGAACCCGAGGACGUUGCUGCCCAAGUUUUACGGUCUUUACUGCAUCCAAUGCGGUGGUGUUACCGUCCGUGUGGUGGUGAUGAACAACGUACUGCCACGAGCCAUGAAGAUGCAUUACAAGUAUGACCUGAAAGGUUCCUCGUACAAACGUCGCGCCUCACGCAAAGAGCGCGCCAAGUCCUCACCUACGUUCAAAGACCUGGACUUUCAGGAGAUGCACGAGGGCCUGCACUUCGACCCAGACACCUACAAUGCCCUGAUGAAGACACUGCAGAGGGACUGUCGGGUCUUGGAGAGUUUUAAGAUCAUGGACUACAGUCUCCUGCUGGGGAUUCAUGUUCUGGACCGGAAGCCGCUGAGCAGAGGAAGCCGAUGUGACAGCAGGAGAGGACAGAAAGUCCUCUACUCCACCGCCCUCGAGUCCAUCCAAGGGAACGUGAAGGACCCCGAACCUGUGGCUGAUGACGACACAUUGGGAGGAAUUCCAGCCAAACACAAAGAUGAGAACCUGCUCAUCUUUUUAGGAAUCAUUGACAUCCUUCAGUCCUACAGGUUCAUAAAAAAGGUGGAACACUCUUGGAAAGCUCUUGUGCAUGACGGGGACACGGUGUCGGUUCACAGGCCCAGUUUUUAUGCAGAUAGAUUUCUGAAAUUCAUGGGCUCGACUGUGUUUAAAAAGAUCCAUCCUUUGAGAGGAGCGUCUUCAAAGAAGAAGAGGAGUUCCCUUCACGCAGCAAAGUCAGCCUCUCAGGAGUUUCUGUCCCCACAGAAGGAGGAGAAGAAGGAGGAGAAGAAGGCCCAAAGCCUGGAUAACCUGGAUGGAAACUUUUACAGUUCCUCCAAACAACCAGAUCUUCUCCCAAGAUCUGCUGUUUCGUUUGAGUUCACCGGCAAUGAUGAAGAGGAUCUUGAAAACAGUGAAGACCGACGAUCCUCUAGUUCAACGAUUGCUCUGGACGAACCUCUGCCGUCCCUCAGCAGAAGCCAGUCAGAUUCUGAACUCGACGUCUACUUGCAUCACACAGUCUCACCCAGGUGACCCAGCUGGAGUUGGUCAGUCCUUUGUGUCCAAGCAUCCAUAAACUUGAGGAGAAAUGAGCGAUGCUUCCUCUCCAGCUACCCGUACUUCUGACCUUUAACCUCCCAGUCCCAUGGCAUCAAGACAUCAGGAUUUUGCAAGUCAAAGUAAAUGUGCCAAAAUCGCAUUAGUAACAGAUGUGGAAACAGUAGACUAACACACAUUGAAAGUGUGUUUAUGUGAAAUAAGAUCACAGAUCCCCCGUGUUAAUAUAAAACACUAUCAAGCUGCCUCUUCUCCCGUUUUUGUACAUUUUGCUGCUAAUGUAACAACAGUGAUAUCAAAAAAAAUUGAGCUUCAGUUUGUCCUCUCCUCUUGGAUGUCUGAUUUUCUGUGUGUUUGUUAAAAUUUCUCAGCGGCUGGAUCCCUGAGGAAAUAAACUGUCUUCUUUCUUAAUCUGUUUCAGAAAAAAAUAGUUUCUUGCUCUUAUUUUCACGUCAUAUAUUUGUAUAAAGAUGUGUUCUGAGAGCUUGCUAAUUUCAGUUAUCUGUAUAAAAAAAAUGCCAGUUCACCUCUCAAGACAUUCAAAUAUGCCAGACUGAUACAGACAAACUUGCAAACCUUAUGUGUAACUGAUUUUAAAAUCCCAAUUUGCAUUAAACAAUCUAUGAAUAUUCUGAUACCCAUUCAUUACUUUAAUCUCUACCACAUGUGUAUUUUUAUUGAGACAUGCAGAAUCUGCUGCCACCAUGACAAAAAAAAAUGUUACAACGAAAUGCUAAUUUUGUCGUAGGUACUACAGCACUACAGUGCCAUAAUACUGGAUGUAAAUUGACAAAUGUUUGAUUAAAUAAUGCUAUAAUCACAUAUUUUCCAAACAGUUUUCAGUCCUUGACUUUUCAUGUAUUCUUGUGUCAUUUCUCUAGAGAAUGUACACUCCCUCUUUACCGGGAUUUAAUAAAAUUGUUAUAAACGCUUCUGAAUCCUGCAGGUAAAUCAUGACCAUUAUGCCACCUGUGUUCUUUUUGUCCAUGUGCCUUGAAAGGUGAAAAAAUGUUUGCUUUGAUGUGAUUCAUAGGCCAACAACUGUAAUAUAGCAAU